AUGGCGGCGCUGGGCAGUGACAACGAUGAGGACCUGGUCAGCUACGGCAGGGGCCUGGAGCCGCUGGAAGAAGGUGAAAGACCGAAGAAACCAGUUCCUCUUCAUGAUCAGACCGUCCGGGAUGAAAAAGGAAGGUAUAAACGGUUUCAUGGAGCCUUUAGCGGAGGCUUCUCUGCUGGAUAUUUCAAUACCGUUGGCUCAAAGGAAGGGUGGACACCAUCUACCUUCGUGUCUUCGCGGCAGAACAGAGCAGACAAAUCUGUUCUUGGUCCUGAGGAUUUUAUGGAUGAGGAGGAUCUUAGUGAAUUUGGAAUAGCACCUAAAGCGAUUGUUACCACGGAUGAUUUUGCUUCCAAAACCAAAGACAGAAUCCGAGAAAAAGCCAGGCAGUUGGCAGCUGCUACCGCACCCAUUCCUGGAGCCACUCUGCUUGAUGACCUCAUAGCACCAGCAAAAUUAUCUAUUGGUUUUGAAUUAUUAAGAAAAAUGGGUUGGAAGGAAGGACAAGGAGUUGGCCCACGAGUGAAGAGAAGACCGCGCCGACAGAAUCCUGACCCUGCAGUGAAAAUCUAUGGCUGUGCGUUACCCCCCGGGAACUCUGAAGGAUCUGAGGAUGAAGAUGAUGACUACCUGCCUGAAAAUGUAACCUUUGCCCCCAAAGACGUCACACCUGUGGAUUUUACUCCUAAGGACAAUGUGCACGGACUGGCUUACCGGGGCCUGGAUCCCCAGCAGGCCCUGUUUGGAGGUCUGGGAGAGCAUUUCAAUCUUUUCAGUGUGGGCUCUGAGAGGGCCAGCAAUCUUCUUGGAGAUGUUGGACCAAGUAAAGGAAGAAAGCUGGGAAUGUCAGGCCAGGCUUUUGGUGUAGGUGCCUUAGAAGAGGAAGAUGAUGAUAUAUAUGCCACAGAAACACUGUCUAAGUAUGACACGGUUUUGAAGGAUGAGGAGCCUGGAGAUGGCCUAUAUGGCUGGACAGCACCCAAGCAAUAUAAAAGCCAGAAAGAAUCAGAGAAAGAUCUACGAUAUGUUGGCAAAAUUUUGGAUGGAUUCUCCUUGGCUUCUAAAUCUUUAUCUUCUAAAAAGAUUUAUCCACCACCUGAGUUGCCAAGAGACUAUCGACCAGUGCAUUAUUUCAGACCCAUUGUAGCUGCAACUUCAGAAAAUGCCCACUUACUUCAGGUGUUAUCAGAGUCAUCUGGAAAGGCAGUAUGUGACCUCGGGACGCCUAGUAGGCACCAACUGAAUGCCUCUAAGCGCGGGGACUUGCUAGGAGAGACUCCUAUUCCAGGCUCAGCUACUUCAGUUUUAGAGUUUCUGUCCCAAAAAGAUAAAGAAAGGAUUAAGGAGGUAAAGCAGGCAACUGAUCUUAAAGCAGCUCAACUCAAGGCCGGGAGUCUGGCCCAGCAUGCCCCGCACAGCAGACCCCAGGCGUCCUCUCCAGACCUCAGACACAGCUCGUGGCACUUGGCGUUGAGUGAAAGAGCAGCCAACACAAGAGCCAGCAAUUUCAAACCUUUUGCAAAAGAUCCAGAAAAGCAAAAAAGAUACGAAACUUUCUUAGUAAAUAUGAAACAGGGUCACAAAGAUGCUCUGGAAAGAUGUCUGGAUCCUAACAUGACCGAGUGGGAGCGAGGCCGUGAGCGGGACGAGUUCGCUCGAGCGUCCCAGCUGUACGUGUCUUCUCAUUCCACCCUGUCCUCCAGGUUCACGCAUGCCAAGGAGGAGGACGAUUCGGAUCAAGUGGAAGUUCCUCGGGACCAAGAGAAUGAUGUCAACGACAAGCAGACGGCUGUGAAGAUGAAGAUGUUUGGGAAGCUCACCCGUGACAAGUUUGAGUGGCACCCUGACAAGCUCCUGUGUAAGAGGUUUAAUGUCCCAGACCCUUACCCAGAUUCAACCUUAGUUGGAUUACCAAGAGUGAAACGUGACAAAUACUCAGUCUUUAACUUUCUGACACUCCCAGAGACAUCGUCCUUGUCUGUGACCCAAGCAUCAAGUGAAAAAGCACUGCAGCAGCCCCGAGGUCCCGACAAACCAAGAAAACCUUCCAGGUGGGAUCCAUCUACACAAGAAAAGAAGAAGGACUCCAUUAGUGAAUUUUUAAGUUUGGCCAGAUCAAAAGUGGCCGCACCUAAACAAGAGUCCAGCCCUCCAGUGAACAAAGAGGAAAAGCAUGCAACAGAGUCACUGCCCAGUAAGGUGGUAAAUGAGGGCACAGAAUCACAGCCCGAAGGAGAAGGGAGUCGCCCGCCCAUGGACUUGUUCAAGGCCAUCUUUGCCAGCUCGUCCGAUGAAAAGUCCUCGUCUUCUGAGGAUGAGCAGGACAGCAGUGAGGAUGAUCAGAUGAGUGUCGAGGAAGCCGACCGUGAGCGUUCCGAAGAGACGGGCAGGGUGGAAGCGUCCGCAGCGGCACCCGCUGGUGAACCAGCACCCCAAGCACCUGCCCCUUCCUUCCUGAUCCAGAAGCUGCACAUCGAUGAAAGAGAAGAGUUCGGGCCCCGGCUGCCUCCUGUCUUCUGUCCCAAUGCUCGUCAGAAACUUGAGCUACCUCAAAAGGAGAAACAUAAAAAGAGCAAGGAAAAGCACAAAACUAAGAAGGAACACAAACGAAGGAAAGAGAAGAAGAAAAAACACAAGAAGCAUAAACACAAAAGUAAACAGAAGAAUAAAAAAUCAGAGAAAAGCAGUAGUUCUGACAGUACUGACAGCAGUUCCAGCCAGAGUGAUGAGGAAGGGACCACGGACAUGUCGCCCGAGGAACUUCUGAGAAGGCUGAAGCGUCUUCCACUGAGGAGGCAGUGA